GAGAGAUCUGUUCCCGUCGCUACCGCCGUGUCGGUCUCUGUCUUCCCCCGCCCCUCUUCUUCUCUUCCCAUCCCAGCAGCGGCGCACACCCGGAAGUAUCUGCCCCUCCCCUCCCCAUUUGCUUGUCUUGCUCUGAGUUGUGAGAAGAGAAUGAUACUGGUGGCGAUAGUGGCGGAGAUGCUGGAGGAGUACACGGCACUGGUGGCGCGGGUGCUCGAACACCUGCUCCGCGACGCGCCCUUCCCCAGGCGGAUGCGUUUCCUCAUGCUCCGUAGCCUCCCCUUCGCCGCCCCGCCCCUGCCCCUGCCCCUGCCCCUCCCCGCCGCCCGCACACGGUGAAUCCGACGCUGUUACGGCUCGGAUGACGUGCAUCGGCAGCCUCCUUUCCUUUUAGCUUAUUAGAUGUUGGCUUCUCGCUUUUUCCCCCAAUUUAGUUGAUAUUCUGUAUAUAUGUUUUCCCGAGAUUAGAGUUGUUCGUAUGAAUGUAUAUAUAAUUUUAUUUUCGCUUUCUA